AUGCCGCCGAAAAAAGAUAUUAAAGAUGGAGAAGAACGAGAAUCACGUGACACCACAUCCUAUAUCUCGUUUGCAGAUGUGGAGAAGUCGAUGACGUCAUUUAGUGGUGAUGAUUCUUACCCGAUUUCAACAUGGUUUGAAGAAUUUGAAGACACGGCACUGUUGAUGAGCUGGACUGAAGUGGAAAAACUGAUUUACGCGAAAAGACUCCUAAGUGGAACUGCAAAACUAUUUCUACGAUCGCUCGGAGGUGUAAAAGAUUAUAAAAAAUUAAAACAAGAACUCGAAGAUGAAUUUGGAUCUAAAUUGAAUAGUGCCGCCAUACAUAAAAAACUAAGCUCAAGAAAAAUGAAGAAAGAUGAAACUUACCAGCAGUAUUUUCUCCAUAUGAAAGAAUGUGCAUUACAUGGAAACAUCGAAGAUGCAGCACUUAUGGAGUACGUUGUUGAUGGUAUCCAAGACAGCGAAUCUAAUAAAUCUAUUUUGUACGGAGCGUCAAACCUUAAAGAAUUUAGAAAGAAAUUAGAUAUUUACAAAAGUAUUAAAGAAAAGACCCAGACUCGACCCAGUGUAUCUACUCCAUUUGCAAAGAAUAAUAAAAUAAAGCGAUGUUUUAAUUGCGGGGACCUAGAUCAUCAAGCCCCGACCUGCACGAAGGGUAUUAAGUGCUUCCGAUGCAAUGAAUUUGGACAUAAGGGAACUCAGUGUAAUAACAAAGGUAAAAAGACUUUAAAUAUUCAAAAGACUGACACGAAAAUUAAGACUGAUAAAGAAGACAAAGAAUUAGAAACUCCAUAUAAGAAGAUAAAGAUAAAUGAUGUCGAAGUUACAGCAUUAAUUGACACUGGGAGUGACGUGAAUUUGAUAAAGUUAUCUGAAGUUAAAAAAUUUAUGACAGAAAAAGUUAUCUAUGACAAAGAAAAAUCAAUACACCUAACUGGAAUUGCUGGAAAAGAACUAAAUACUAAAGGACUUCUGAAAGUUAAGGUUUUGAUUGAUGAUUAUUAUGCUGACUUGGAAUUUCACGUAGUACAAGAUUAUGCUAUACCAGUCAGUGUCAUACUUGGAAAUCCUAUCCUCAAAGAUUUUGAAAUCAAUUUUACUCGUGAUGGUAUUUUCCUUGAAAAGAUUUCUUACCUUACACUACUGGCAGAAGAGAAGAAAACUAUUUGUGAUGAACAUUACCCUGAAAAUAAAGAAAUUGCAGAUAAGGUUACAAAACUAAUUAAAGAAUAUAAAACUAAUGCUAACAAGAAGGAAAGUAACGUUGAGAUGAAGAUAAUACUUACCGAAGAAGACCCGAUAUAUCAAAGUCCACGUCGAUUGUCACCACUGGAAAUGAAAGUUGUUGAUGAACAAAUAAAAGAGACCAAAAGAUUAUACGACCCAGCAAAUCAGAUUUUGCAAGCCCUGUAG